UUUUGAACGAAAAUAUAUUUGAGAAAAAAGGCACAACUUAAUCUUGCAACUGCACUUAAAAUGGAAUAGCAUCAAAACAUUUCUUUUAUAAAAAGCAUCAAGUUGUUUUAAGUGUUGAUUGUUGGUGAAAGACAAAGGAUGGAAGGGGGGGGGGCAAACAAAAAAAUGUGAUUAACAAGCUUCAUUCUAGAUGUUAUAAGAAAUCAGAAAGCAGAGAUUUAGUGCGCACAAAUGUUUGAUAAAAACUCUUCUUUGUGUUGUGCAUUUUGGUUAAAAUGGGCAGAGAAUAAUUUAGGAAUACCUAUGUAAUGUAAUAACUGUACCACAGCUUUCUUCCAUUGAGAGUAUGGACCAAUCAAGAACGAUUGUUGUAGGAAAACAAAUGCUAGGAUUGGCUGAGACGCAGCUCGGUUUCAAGGCGCCCUGCGUUCCGUCGAAGGGUCUUUUGAAUGGUGGGGGUGCCUAGAAACUGGUGGAAUCUGCACCGCGUAUGAAGAGCAAGUCUCUGGUCUUCAGCUGCUCAGCAUGUGAACUGACGCUCUACGACGUCAAGUAGAAAAUAUUUUUUAACCUGAGUAAUGUUUGCGAUUUCUCUCCUAAGUAACCAGGCUUAGGUCUUCACCACACAGAGCAACCGGUGUUUCGAUUGUUUCGGAGGAAAAUGGGAUUAACAGAGUUCUCUCCGGAUUGGGACUGAGAGUGGACUGCUUGCGGAGUCACAAAGAGCAUGAAGAAGUCAUGACACAGCGAACGUUUGUUUUUCAUUUCUUAUCGUAAAAAGAGAAAAAAGACGAGAGGCUGCUCCGACUCGAUGACUUUAGACUGUUAACCAAAAGUCGGAAAAGUUUCUUUUUUCGACUGAUCUUAACUCGCCCUACUUGAAUCAAAGUUUUUUUCUCUCCCUCCCCCCUCCUCAACUAUGGCGUCGGUCAGGUCCACCGCUGGCUGUGUGUUACUCCGGAUCAUGUGGCUGCUGUGCGGGCUGUUCUCCUCACCCACCUCUGCUCAGCAUUACAACAGCGACAGUGGAAUAUCCGUUCCAGAACAUGGAUUUUGCCAGCCUAUCUCCAUCCCGCUUUGUACGGACAUCGCCUACAACCAGACCAUCAUGCCGAACCUUCUGGGCCAUACUAAUCAAGAGGACGCUGGGCUUGAGGUACACCAGUUUUACCCCUUGGUGAAGGUCCAGUGUUCUGCCGAUCUUAAGUUCUUCCUUUGCUCCAUGUAUGCCCCAGUCUGCACAGUGCUGGAGCAGGCUAUACCUCCUUGUCGCUCAUUGUGUGAACGUGCAAGACAGGGUUGCGAAGCUUUAAUGAAUAAAUUUGGCUUCCAGUGGCCGGAGCGACUCCGUUGUGAAGCAUUCCCAGUCCAUGGAGCUGGUGAGAUCUGCGUCGGUCAGAAUACCUCGGAGCCCAGCAGCCCGGUUUCUUCGUCUUCACCUUAUGCACCCGACCCCGUAACACUUCCCCCCAAUAUCGGUCGACCAAACCAACGCCCCCCUCAGCACAACCAGUACCACCAGUUUUCCUGCCCCUUACAGCUGGAAGUCCCUUCUUAUUUGGGCUACCGUUUCAUGGAGGUCAAAGACUGCGGUGCCCCAUGUGAGCCCACAAAGCCAACCGGGAUCAUGUACUUUCGGGAGGAUGAAGUCAAAUUUGGCCGACUGUGGGUAGGAAUCUGGUCGAUCUUGUGUUGUGUAAGCACGUUAUUUACUGUUCUUACCUAUUUAGUGGACAUGAGACGGUUUCGGUACCCUGAGAGGCCCAUAAUCUUCCUGUCAGGGUGCUACUUUAUGGUUGCUGUAGCUUAUGCUGCAGGGUUUUUCCUGGAGGAUAAAGUUGUCUGUGUGGAUAAAUUCAAAGAGGAUGGCUACAGAACUGUGGCUCAGGGUACCAAAAAGGAGGGUUGCACCAUUCUGUUCAUGGUCUUGUACUUUUUUGGUAUGGCCAGCUCCAUCUGGUGGGUAAUUCUGUCCUUGACUUGGUUUCUGUCUGCUGGGAUGAAAUGGGGCCAUGAAGCGAUUGAAGCUAACUCCCAGUACUUUCACUUGGCUGCAUGGGCUGUCCCGGCUAUCAAGACCAUCACCAUCCUCGCUAUGGGCCAAGUCGAUGGCGACGUUCUGACCGGCGUGUGCUUUGUUGGGAUUUUUAACGUAGACUCUCUCCGGGGCUUCGUCUUAGCUCCUCUGUUUGUCUACCUGUUUAUUGGUACGUCCUUUCUCCUCGCUGGCUUUGUGUCUCUAUUUCGGAUCCGCACCAUUAUGAAGCACGAUGGCACCAAAACAGAGAAGCUGGAAAAGUUGAUGGUACGAAUCGGUGUGUUCAGUGUGCUUUACACAGUACCAGCUACAAUAGUGAUCGCCUGCUACUUCUACGAGCAGGCCUUCAGAGAGCAGUGGGAACGGACCUGGCAUAUGCAGACCUGUAAGCGGUUUGCAGUACCCUGUCCGGCUCACAACUUCGCCCCCAUGACCCCGGACUUCACUGUUUUCAUGAUCAAAUACCUCAUGACCAUGAUAGUCGGAAUCACUUCUGGUUUCUGGGUCUGGUCCGGGAAAACUCUUCAGUCAUGGCGCAGGUUCUACAAGCGUCUAAGCAACAGUAACCAUGGAGAGACGACCGUCUAAAGUUGAGAGGAUACAAAGGUACCCAGGCAUGGAGUUUGGAAAAUAUAACCUGUUAAACGAGGUCUUAUAGCUUUCAGUUACUAGUGUUGGACAAUUUUUGUUUUAUGUUUGUGACAGCAAUUCAGACUUUGAACAAAUAAGUUCAGCUCUGUCUCAUUGUGUUCAUCAUUAGACUCUCUAAACUCCUGUCUUUUCUAUCUUUGAGUUAUGAAAUGUUGCGAAUGGCCAUACUGGUCUUUGGACUAAUACCAGGCCGGUGAAGUUAAUCUGUUACUUUUGCUAUAAAACUGCCUACAUUUAUUCUGAAAUGUUAAACUUUGAAUGUACUGUCUGUCUAUUCUUUUAAACUCUAUGGGGGCAAGGUGGGGUGGGCUGGGUAGCAGGACUGAUGUCACUGCUGCAGCAUAAAGGGUCAAAGGUUGAUCCCUACAUUUUCCCCAGUCUGACUGUGGAUUCAUAUAGUGGAAAUUCUAGAAUAUGCGUCUAAUAUAUAGUAACUCUAGUUUUACCUAAGGAAAUGCAUUCUUCAGUAAAUGUGCUGGCGUUCUACAGUCAGUUCUCUAGCCUUUUCAGGACUAUUGCUUUGCCAACUUGUGCCACGUUGUUAUUCAAAAUAUGAAUCAUUUGCUGAAUUUGUAUUUUUUGAGUGUUUUUAGUCUGUUGAAUAUAUGCGCCGGGUUUGAAUGUUAACUCUCAAGGUGAUUGAAGUAGUGGUUUACAGAGUAGUGGUUUGCAUGGACAAACCAAAAGUUAUACUUGUGAAAUACCUAAUUCUCCAUAUGUGAUGUGUUAGAAUCAGUUAGACCACACACACAGGUCCUCUCUUCAAUGAGGACACAAUUUGCUCAUUGUUUACCUCUGUGUGUGGUCUCAAGAAAGCUGGAUCCUUCAUUAAAAAGUAUUUGAAAGCUUUUAAGACAUCCAGUGCACCAUUUCAAGGAUCCCAAUUUAAUCCAUAUAAGUUACGGAAGCAUUUUCUGUGAAAACAUGCAGUGAGUUAGGCAUUGGCACUUGUGUCACUCAUUGUAAUUCAAUUAGCCAUUCUCCUAUUUGAUCUCUUCUGAUAAGUCGAACAUUUUUGACAGUAGACAGAGUGAAAAACUUUGAGUAACUAAUAAAAAGGAUUUGUGCUUUGUGCUCUGUAUCAAAUAACCUCAGGAAAGAGGGUGGGUUUCAAACCUUUGUGGGGAGGUUUCCCCAAAGGAGAAAUAGGGCAAAGGCUCUCGGUGUACAGCAGAGAGAGAGCUUUGAAUUUGUGUGUCAACAUUGAAGACCGUCAUGUCUGAUUUUACAAGUUAUUUUGAUGUGGGAUCAUAGUCAGAAAGCAGUCAAUUUUUGAUAUCAGUAAUUAAUUUCCAUGUUGCAUGACAGACAUUAUGUGACUAAAAAUAAGAAAUACAGAAUUUCUCUGACCAGGUCAUGAAAUGACUAAAGUUUUUUUUUUCUUUUUUUCUGCAGAAAGGCAGCAUUUGAUUUGAUAUUAACUAUUUUCUCUUCCAACAUUGUAUGUAAAUGAGAAAACACUUAAGAAGUUGGGGUACACUGAAAAAGCCUAAUAUUUCAAUCAUCACCCUCCAGAGCCUGUCUCCAAUGAGUGAUCUCAAAUGAUCUGUGAAUCCACAAUAUACCUCAAACCUUGCAUUGAUUUCAGCUCGUAGAAUGACAUUUGGAAACAGGGCAACAGCCUUGCGUUAUUUUCUGACUAUUAUAUGCAUGCCCAAAAUAUGUCAAAGUUCUGUGUGAUGGUCUUUCAGGAGUGUCCAGACUGGUAUGCUUUUCUAUAAUGAUGUUUCAGAAUGACGAAAAGGGAGUGUUUUGUGUUGGAACAUACACAACCCACCAAGUAAACACAGUUUUUAGGGCAUAUUUUAUUUAUGAGUAUUCUCAUUUCUGUCUUUCUUUUUUACUUGCUUCUUGAAUGAGAUAGGCCCUUUGUAUGUGUACAGUUUAAAUAAAAGCAAUAAGGUUUGUAAUAUGUCAA